AUGGAUUUCUUUCAUAAAUUACCAAAAAUUGAGUUGCACGCUCACCUGAAUGGAUCGCUAAGUAAUUCCACCCUAGCUGAAUUGCAAGAAAUCAAAUAUGGAAAAGAAACCACUGCAACGGAGAAGAGCGAUUUUUUGGAUUUCUACCAAAUAACAGCCGGACGAAAUCUAACCUUGAAAGAAUGUUUCAAGAAAUUCAAAUACGCACACGAUCUCACCGAUCAACCGGAAACACUGGCAUAUGCAACUGAAGCUGUUAUUCGGGACUUUGCGGCCGACAACGUGGUGUACUUGGAGCUGAGAACAACCCCGAAAGCUACAGGUUUUAUGACGAAACAGCAGUAUCUCACCACAGUUUUAGAUGCAAUCAGACGAGCACAAAAAUCUUAUCCAACCAUCACAGUCAAGCUACUCCCUUCGGUCGAUCGUUCCAAGGGGCUGCAUGAAGCGGCCGAGAACGUCUCACUGGUGCUGGAGCUCUGCAAGCUCUAUUCGGACAUCAUCCGAGGAAUGGACCUGAGUGGUGCUCCAUUUGGAACGAAAUUUUCCGAUUUCGAACCGAUUCUAAAACCAGCCAAAGCGUACGGGUUAAAAAUGGCUCUGCACUGUGGAGAGUUCAACGACGAUGGCGAGGUGCGGGAAAUGUUCCAGUUUGGAACGGAUCGCAUCGGACACGGAACGUUCAUCGAGGGUGACAAUCUGAAGUUUGUCAAAACUAACCGUAUUCCUUUCGAAUGCUGCCUGACCAGUAACGUUAAAUGUAGUACGGUAACAUCGUACAAAGAUCAUCAUUUUGGGAAGCUCUGGGGAGCAGGCCACGAAGUUUGCAUCUGCACGGACGAUUUUGGCGUCUUUGAUACCAGUUUAUCUGAGGAAUUACGCAUUUGUUCUGAAACCUACGGAUUGAGUGCACAAGAAAUACUUCAACUGCAGGUAAAAGCUAUUCAAUAUACAUUUGCCAACGAAGAGGAAAAGCGACGACUAACAGACUUGUUUGAUAAGUUCACUAAUACCCUAAAAGACAACUAA